AUGGGGAACCAACAUGGAAACUCUGCGGACAAGUCAAUCAGGAUUGUGAUGCUGGGGAAGACUGGAGUUGGGAAGAGCGCCACAGGAAACACCAUUCUGGGAAAACAGAGCUUUAAAUCUGAGUUCUGCCCUGAAUCUUUGACACAAUGCUGUGAAAAGGCUGAGUGUGAGGUGGGUGGACAAAAGAUUGCUGUUAUUGACACUCCAUGCCUGUUUAAGACCAGGAACACUGAAGAGAAAACAAAUGAAGAUAUUACCCAGUGCAUUUCUCAUGCUUCUCCUGGACCUCAUAUCUUCCUGAUCGUCAUCCGACUGGGCACAUUCACAGAGGAAGAAAAACAAAUGAAGCAGAAGAUUCAGGAAAUCUUUGGAGAGGAAGCCAAUAAAUACAGCAUGGUUCUCUUUACCCAUGGUGACAAGCUCAAAGGGAAACCUAUCGAGGAGUUCUUAAAGAACAGCAAAGAUCUGCAGGAACUUGUUGACAAAUGUAACGGCCAGUACCACGUGAUCAAUAAUAAGGGCCGAUUUCAGCGCAAUAAGCUGCUUGAGAAGAUCAGAAAUAUAAAAGAACAGAAUGGAGUAAACUUCUACACCACUGAAAUGUUCCAAAAGGCAGAGAGAGCAAUUGAAGAGGAGAAACAACGAAUCCUGAAAGAGAAAGAAGAGCAAAACCGCAAAGAGCAGGAAGAACUGAGGAAGGAAAUAAUGAAUGACAUUCAUCCUCCCGCAGCUUUCAACAAUGAUGAGUCAAUCAGGAUUGUGAUGGUGGGGAAGACUGGAGCUGGGAAGAGCGCCACAGGAAACACUAUUCUGGGAGAAACAAACUUUAAAUCUGAGUUAUCCCCUAAAUCUGUGACACAACACUGUCAAAAGGCUUAUGGUAAGGUGGAUGGACAAUGGGUUGCUGUUAUCGACACUCCGGGCCUGUUUUACACUGAAGAGGAAACAGAUAAAGAUAUUGUCCAGAGCAUUGCUUAUGCUUCUCCAGGACCUCAUAUCUUCCUGGUUGUCAUCAAACUGGGCAGAUACACAGAGGAAGAAAAGCAAACAGUGCAGAAGAUUCAGGAAACCUUUGGUGAGGAAGCCGACAAAUACAUCAUGGUUCUCUUUACCCAUGGUGACCAGCUCAAAGGGAAAUCUAUCGAGAAGUUCUUGAAGGACAACAAAGAACUGAAGGAACUUGUGGGCAAAUGUAACAACCAGUACCACGUGUUCAAUAAUGAGAUGGAGGAUCGUUCUCAGGUCAGCGAGCUGCUCGAGAAGAUCAGAAAUAUAAAAGAACAGAAUGGAGGAAGCGUUGACACCACCGCAUUGUUACAAAAGACAGUGAAAGCGCUUAGAGAGGACAAACAACAAAUCCUGAAAGAGAGAAAAGAACAAAUCCGCAAAGAGCAGGAGAAGGAUCAGAAACAGUCAAGUGAAGUUCAUCCUGAUUUUUCAGCCUCCAGGUCUACACCUCCAACAGUCUACAACAAUGAGCAGAUCAGAAUUGUGAUGGUGGGGAAGACUGGAGUUGGGAAGAGCGCCUCAGGAAACACCAUUCUGGGACAAAAGUGGUUUAAAUCUAAGUUCUCCCCUAAAUCUGUGACUGCAGACUGUGAAAAGGCUCUUGAUGAGGUGGAUGGACAAAAGGUUGCUGUUAUUGACACUCCAGGUCUGUUUGACACCAAGAACACUGAAGAGAAAACACAUGAAGAUCUUGUCCAGUGCCUUACUUAUGCUUCUCCUGGACCUCAUAUCUUCCUGGUCGUAAUCAGACUGGGCAGAUUCACAGAGGAAGAAAAGCAAACAGUGCAGAAAAUUCAGAAAAUCUUUGGUGAGGAAGCCAACAAAUACAGCAUGGUUCUCUUUACCCAUGGAGACCAGCUCAAAGAGAAACCUAUCGAGGAGUUCUUGAAAAACAGCGAAGAUCUGAAGGAACUUGUGGCCAAAUGCAACGGCCAGUAUCACGUGUUCAAUAAUGAGGUGAAGGAUCGUUCUCAGGUCAGCGAGCUGCUCGAGAAGAUUAAAAAUAUAAAUAAACAGAAUGGAGGAUACUACUACACAACUGAAAUGUUCCAAAAAGCAGAGAGAGCGAUUGAAGAGGAGAAACAACGAAUCCUGAAAGAGAGAGAAGUGCAAAACCGCAAAGAGCUGGAGGAACUGAUGAAGAAAAUAGAGGAAAAGUGUCAGCAACAGAUGAGGGAGGAGAAGGCUGACAGGAAGAGGGAGAAUGAGUUGAGGGAUGCUCAUGAAAAAGAAAAGGAGGAAGAAAUGAAAAAACUGCAACAAAAACAGGAAGAGCUGGCCAGACAGUUAGCUGAGAGAAAAAAAUCAUUAAUCCAUCAGAUAGGUGCAGCACUAGUUUGGGGCCUGAGGAACCACCUCCAGAUCAAUGCGGGGAAGACCAAAGAGCUGGUGGUGGAUUUCCGCAGGCAGAGACACUGCCUGACACCGGUGAACAUCCAGGGAACUGACAUUGAGAUGGUGACAUCUUAUAAGUACCUGGGUGUUCACCUGAACAAUAAACUGAAUUGGACAGAUAACACCAACACACUUUAUAAGAAGGGCCAGAGCAGACUCUACCUGCUCAGGACACUGAGGUCUUUUGGAGUGCAGGGGGCACUCGUGAAGACCUUCUUUGACACUGUGGUGGCAUCAGCGAUCUUUAAUGGGGGGGUCAACUGGAGCAGCAGCAUCUCGGCGGCGGACAGGAGGAGACUGGACAAACUCAUUAAGAAGGCCAGCUCUGUCCUGGAAUGCACCCUCAACCCGGUGGAGGUGCAAUUACAGUCGAGUCUCUCCAAUGUCCAAAUUCACGGAUUUGAUUGGCUGAUUAGCGUCACGUGA